UGAUGUCAUUCAUUCGACCAUUAUAUCUGUUAUGUUAUAUAUAAAGAGGAAUCCAGAAAUCUCCGUCUCAUUUCUCCAAGAUGUUUCACAGCAAAGUGGGUUUGCUUGCCGUAGCGCUUGUUAUGCAGGCAAUCCUGCUAUGCGGCUGCGAUGCUUCCGCGAUGAGGUAUGCUUCCGGUUUCCAAAACAACGAGAGACAGUCCUCCGAACAGGAAUCGUACAGCAGAUCUGCUCAAUCAAGUGAGAAGAGCAGCUCAGGAUACCAAAUGGGUGAAAUGGCCUCUGCUGGUGUGGGAAUGUCAUCUGGUUAUGGCGGAAGCGGUUACAGUAGUGGAGGUGGAUACCAACAAGGAAACCAAGUAAUGAGAUCACAAGAAGUCACCACUACUACCACAACCACCACCACUACCACAUAUAAGGCUGUUGAAUACAUCCAGUCCAACUUCCAAGAGGUUGGCUCCAAGAGUAUGGGAUACAGCGAUGAUAAGGACGCUAUGGUAUUGAAAUCAUUCGUUGAGAAGGAUAACGGCUGUUUCUUGACAUCACUGCUCAAGGAACCAUGCAACAAGAAGCUCAUUACUUGCGAGCUUGGUUUGGAUAAUAACAUUCAACAAACUUCGCUGAUAUCCUACUUCAAGAAUGCUUUGUAUUUGAAGGAGAGAAAGAUCCACAGAGCUGCACUGGCUUUGAAGCGUUGCAGACUUAACACCAAGGGCUACCACAGGACCAUGGUUCCCAGGAUUGAUGUCCUUAAUCAUAUUGGAAUGACUUUCACUUGCUCCAAAUCAAACAGCCAGGAAAUGAUGAAACAAUGGCACGAAUUCGCUAAAUACAAGAAUGGACUCUAUUUCCAAUCUUUCUGUGAGGACCAAACCAUGUGGGGAGAACUUGCUAGCCAAAUUGGAUACACUGGCAGAAAUGCUGAAGAUUUCAGAAUCUACCUUUUGAGAAACAGAUUCAGGAAAGAAAGGAAGACCUGCAAGAUUGCCAAGUGCAUGAGAGGACUUCGUAAGAAGCAUUGCGGUGGAAAGUGCGCUAAGAGACCGAAGCAUGUUAAGAGAACCGUUGGAUGUGGAGGCCCCGGAAAGCCAGGAAAAUGCGGAGGAGGAUGUGGAGGAAAAUGUGGAGGAGGAGGAUGUGGAGGAGGUGGAGUGAAAAUCGGUGUCAGCAUUGGAGGAGGAGGAUGCGGAGGAAAAUGUGGAAAAUGCUAGGAAUUUUCCAGAACGUUAGAAAAAUAGAGAAACUUGAUUUCCCCCAAAACUAUGGAUAUAACAUCUAUACCCAUGUAUUUAUUUGGUCAAGUUCAUAAAAGUGACAUCGUAAUAGAUUUCAUUGAAAUUCUGUUCUAAUAAACUUAUAACAUGGGGUUU